AGUGUGUGCUUCACUCAGCUUCGAGCGAGUGCACCGAGCAAACCGAACAAAAAAUCUCGACUCGACUCGCGAGAACUGGCGAGAACAAGCGAGAACAAACAGAAAGCUCAGCUUUCAAGCACAAAGCCACACGAGGGAAGAAGUAUAGAAAGAAAAGUGCAGCGAUGGCGACUUACACGAGGUCAGAUAGCUGCCGGGUGUGUCCGUCUGUGCGCGGUAACCGCUUCGACACGGCUCGCCGCAAGCGCGCGGCCCCCAACAUCUUCGAGCACGUUAGCGAGGACGCGCUCGCGCGGCUCUUCCGCAAGGCGGGCGACGCCAAGGCCGAGGAGCGCGUGCGGAGCAUCUUCUCCUGUGCCAACGACCCAGACGAGACAGCGCGCGCUCUGAUGGCGCUCAAGCAGCGAAAGAAGGACAAGUUCCUGCAGAUCGCACGCACACUCCGCGGCCUGCUGAAGCUGCGAUGAGGAUUCACUACACGCGGCUCCGGUAGAAGAGUCGCGAUCGAGUGACGGCAGCUCGACAGCAGCUGGAGUGACUCCGAGUCCACCCUGCGCGCGGAUGCUCAGGGACACGGAGGGGCUUCCAGGUGCCAAAGAGACAGAGACGCACAAGGGCCGACCGGCCGGCGGGGAAAACGCAGCUUAUGGCAAGCCAAAAACGCCUCAAACGGACAGUUGUAACGGCGUUUGAAGUGCCGGUGUCAUGCUGCGCUGUGAAGCACAAAGACAAGCAGCAGCUCUGAGAUGAAGUUCAGCUGCAACGCACAUGGAGCACAAGAAGGAGCACGAACAAGCCUCCAGAAACUUCUCAUGAACUUUUGCAAAGACUGAUUGGACUUUACGAGUUUCAGUGUUCAUGCACCUGCUUUUUUUUAUUACAAUGCUGUGAUAACUUUUGGUCAUGCAUUUGCACACAAUUUUGUAAUUAUUUCCACAAUAAAUUAUUAACGUUUUUC